AUGGCUGCAAAACUUGUGUCCUCAUCCGCUUCUUCUUUAGUUCCAUCCUUUUUCUCACCAUUCCAACCUCGGAGCUCCUUUCAGUGUCGUCGUUCAAGGCAGCAUCAUACUCAUCUCCAUUGUUACCAUUCUCUGCAACUUAAAACUGAUAAAAUUGAUUCUCUCCACAUUUCCUUCAGAGAUCAUAAACAAAGAAAAGUCUCCCGAAAUCAAACUUAUUUGCCUCUUGCUACUACUUCAGAAGAACAGUCCCAAUACACUGAAGAUACAUUGAAAUUGAAUGAUCCAGAAACAGUAAGUCCCCAAAUUGUCCCCGAAGCUACACCUCAAGAUGGUAUUAGUUCAACAAUCAAAUCCAGUGGAGGAAAUGACGGCAAAUCGGGUUUCAUUUCGUUUUACAAUCCUCGGAAGAACAAAACAGAGGAUAUUGUUGUCCUCCCUCCUGAAGCACAAAGUACAUUGGGACGCCUCCUCUGGCUCACUGGUCCUGCUGUCUUAGUUUCCUCUUUCAUUCUACCUCCCAUUUACUUGCGAAGAAUAGUCUCUGCAGUUUUUGAAGACUCUUUGCUCACAGACUUCCUCAUAUUGUUCUUCACUGAAGCUCUCUUCUACUGUGGAGUCGCCGCUUUUCUUCUGGUUAUUCACCGUUCAAGAAAGUCAUCAGGAAAACUACCCAAUAGCCACACCAAAAAUCCCUCUCAGCUAGGACAAAGAAUCUCCUCAGUAGCAACCUUAGUGCUCAGUCUUAUGAUCCCAAUGGUGACAAUGGGAUUUGUCUGGCCAUGGACUGGACCUGCAGCAUCAGCUACUCUUGCACCUUACCUCGUUGGCAUCGUUGUUCAAUUCGCUUUCGAACAGUACGCUAGAUACAGAAACUCUCCAUCAUCUCCUGUCAUCCCCAUCAUCUUUCAGGUAUACAGACUUCACCAGCUGAACAGAGCGGCGCAGUUAGUAACAGCAUUGUCGUUUACGGUUAAAGGAGCAGAGGCUACGGUUAACAAUCUGGCGAUCAAGCAAUCGCUGGGUACGCUUUUGAGUGUGAUACAAGUUUUAGGUGUGAUUUCAAUCUGGUCUAUUUCAAGCUUCCUCAUGUGGUUAUCACCAUCACCUUCUCAGAACUAG